GACGUUUUCCUUAUUGAUGUCUGGGACUAUUACUAAGACUUGGGAAAAUAUGUUUGAUUACUGAGGAAUUUACUUCAUCAGACAUAUCGAUGGCAUUUUCAUUCUGUUUGUCUGAGACUAUUGUUUGGGUAUUGGGGAAACCUAAUUGGCACAAGAAGCUGCGCCGAGAUUAUAGACUUGGACUUGUUUACAUCUUGAGUCUUCAGGCAUCAUCCAUCAAUAACUGGACGUAAUAACUACAGAUGCAAUAAGACGUUCUCUGUCAAAAGAUUAUCAGUUUUUCUCAACUGCCUAGGCAAGGAUCACCUGAUAAGGUUCCAUAUAAAGGAUAUAAUUAACAAUUGUGCUUGGUAGAAUUUGUGUAAAGGAAUAUCAGACUAUAGGCCAGAUAAAAACAAGUGCAAAAAAAUCCAAGAGGAGGGAACUGGGAGAACCUCUUGGAGUAUAGAGAGCUGUUUUGGCAAUUGAUUUUACAAGCCAACAGAUGUCCAGGCUUAAAUGAAGUCAUUUCUAUUAUUCCAGGUUUAAGACUGAAAGCAGCAACAUUAUAAUUUGUUAAUACACAGACUUGGAGGAAGGAUGAUUGUUAGAGGCUGAAGUGCAGCAUAUUGAGAGAACAGCAGCAAAAUAAGCUUGGAAGUACUGCUGAAGUGUAAUGUUUAACCUCAGAGAUGCCUUAUGUGGAUCGACAGAACCGAAUCUGUGGUUUCCUGGACAUUGAAGAUGUUGAAAGCAGUGGAAAGUUUCUGCGGAGAUAUUUCAUUCUGGACACGCAGAAGAAUGUUCUGGUGUGGUAUAUGGACAACCCACAGAACCUUCCUUCUGGAACUGCACCGGUUGGACAGAUUAAGCUUACUUACAUUUCAAAGGUCAGUGAUGCAACAAAGCUACGACCAAAGGCAGAAUUUUGCUUUGUUGUGAAUGCGGCAAUGAGAAAAUAUUUCUUGCAAGCAAAUGAUCAACAGGACCUGGUUGAUUGGGUAAAUGAGUUAAACAAGGCUAUAAAAAUUACUGUACCAAAGACUCCUGAUCUACUGUCAGAUUCGGAAAACCAAAAUCGGCCCACUGAGUGUCCAGGUGUAAAGAAGCAGGUAGCUUACAAGACGGAAAUCAUAGGAGGUGUUCCAAUUAUUACUCCUACUCAGCAAGAGGGAUGUGACUGUCAAGACAGUGACAAAAGUAAUCUGAAACGUUCACAAUCUCAGAUGCCUUAUUUAAUGGGGAAACCUGCUUCAGAUCAGGCAAUCAUCAAGUGUGGUUACUGUGUGAAGCAAGGAGCUGUGAUGAAAAAUUGGAAGAGGCGAUACUUUGCUUUAGAUGAGAAUUCAAUAGGAUAUUACAAAUCUGAGUUGGAGAAAGAGCCACUCCGGAUCAUACCACUCAAGGAGAUUCAGAAAGUUCAAGAAUGCAAGCAGAGAGACAUUAUGUUGAGAGACAACCUGUUUGAAAUUGUGACACCAUCACGGACAUUUUAUGUUCAGACUGACAGUCCAGAAGACAUGCACAGCUGGAUUAAAGCAAUCUCAGGGGCCAUUGUUGCACAGCGAGGACCAGGCAGAUCAGCAGCUUCUGAGCAUGCCAACACUUCCUCCACAGAGCUCAACUGCACUCCCCGUCCUGCCAACACAGCAGUCGCAACAGGGCAGUCCACCACACCUUACACCAGCAUCACUCCCAACCCAAAACGCAGCUCCAAAUCUGCCUCCUUGGAGAAGCGAGAAUUUCAAGAACCUUCUACCAAAAUCGAGCCAGGGAAUUACAAGAUCUCGACUAUCACUUCAGGAGAAUCACAUUUCAAAAUGACUGAAAGAAAAUGUGUGGAGAAUAAAGCUAAGCACAGUAGUUCAGAUGUUGAUGUUGUAGAUCUAGAUGAUGAGAGUCUUCCAGUGUCCGAUGUCUGAAGCUAAACUGCAGCAGAAAAAGAACCACUUAUUAAUGCCAUAUCUACUGGGUAUUAGGACUUUGGAUUGAGGAAGCCUGAUCAAGAGGUGUGUAUUUAAUGAUUCUUAGGACAAUCAGUUUCAAAAAGACUUGGCUAGGUACCAUAACAAAGUGCCUGGAUAUAAGCUCAGAAAUUCUAAUAAUGAAUGAUUUAAGUUAAAAAAAGUUUCAGAGCUUUGAAGUCAUUCAUUUACUUAUCUAUAUAGAUUCCUUGUAAACAGUGCUAUGGAUCAACAUGGCAGCUGUUUUUAGUGCCAUUAAUUUACUAAAGGAAAAUAGUUUACCAUAUUGAUGACAUUUUAAAGAGGUAGAUUCUAUACCACCUUUGAAGUUGGUAUACAAGUUGUAAACUCAAAAAUAGUUGAAAGAAAUGGGUAUGUUAAAAGCUGUUGAAAAUAACAAGAGUUCAUUUCUGAAAAUAAGCAGUUGUUGCACCAUAUUAGUAUAUAGUUUGCAUAAUCUGACCAGUUUAUCCCAUUAUUGAAAUGCAUAUGAAUGAAAGGGAUUGUAUAGGCAGUACUUUUAUAAAUUCUUGUAAUAUUGGCCAUGUUUUGCACAUUUAUAUAGGACCAUUGGCCAGGUGCUUUUGUCCAGACUAGAUAUUUCCAUUUGCAACGACUACUUUUAAGUUAAUUUAAAGCAUAGCAUUCUAUUAAGCACUGCUGGAAUCACUUUAAAAUUAAUCCAGGAUUUUGCUGCUGCAUGUAUGUGUAUGUAGCUAUUAUUUUUUUCUGAGGAAGUGGUUUCUAGCAAACAGCAUAGUGACAAUAUUGAUAAUUUAUGGGAAUUAAUGAACAAGUAUUUGUUUAAACAUUUUGACAUAUAUUGUACAACCCAAGGAAAGGUAACAUGCUUAUGCUGUUAAUGUUUUAAGUUUGUGAAAUGUUAUGUGCACUAAUUUUGUCUAAAGCUUUAAAGUGCCUGUCAAAGUAAGAGCUGUUGUGUAUUUUGAAAUGCAUAUCAAGAAUUUUGCUUUUUGUUCACUGAUAAGACUUGAGUUACUAUGUACAUGUGUGUGUGUGUGUAUAUUACAAACACAGCAGAUGGGCAGUGUAUAAUGGCAUGGAAUUUUUAAAUUUAAAAACAGUGGUUGAAAUGUCAUUCUUUUGCUAUGUUGUGUGAUAUGUACAAAAGAAGAAAAAACAUUUUAUUGGCAUCUUGAACCUCUCUGCACAGAUAUGAAAACUAGCAUUGUAAUUUUGUUAAAGGAGCUUCUGUAGUUAUAAAAUUUAUGUAUUAUUACCCAUCAGAUAUAUUUUCAUGUAUAGCCUCUUGAGUAGUCAGUUAGUAUGUAAGCAACACCAACUUUUUUUCUGUGAGAAAAUACCCAUAACAUUUCACCAAUUCAGAUGCCACAUGACACCAGGACUUCAUUUUAUCCUUUAAAACACACGGUUUAAAUUUAAUUUGGUAAUGUGUUAUUUAUGCCAUCAGCAAUAUUCUUGCCCUAAAAUGGGCAGCUGUGUAAAUGUUGUGUAUCAUUGUACUUUGUUUAAAGGUGUUCUACAGAAAAAUGGUUUAUUUUAUUGCCUGGAUGUUUAUUCAUUAUGUAGAUAUUAGGAUACAUUUACUGAACAAACCAUCACAAUUUAAAAAACUGUAUUGUAUAUUUUCAAGAUUUUGAGUUUAUUACAGAAGAGGUAAGCUUUACCACUUGCAGAUAGAUUGUAACCAGUCAUUCGUUCAUAGAGAAAAAUGUAAUAGAACACGUCUUCACUUUGUUUCUAGAUGUGUUUAACAAAUAGCACAAGUAGGAACAUUAAAAAUAUAAUAGCAGUGUUAAAGUUACUUUUCAAUUUACUUCCAAAAUAUUUUUAAUAAAUUGCUUGUUUUGUUAUUGAUAGUAAUGAAAGUCCUGACAAUUUACGUACUAAAACUUAGUAUAUUGGCUAAAUCUUGCUUUUUUCCCCCCACAGAUAUAAAAAAUAAAAAAACAUAAUUUUGUACUUUUCUACAAACAAUGUAAAUAUAUCUAGGAACAGAGGGAGACAUGUUAAUUUUGUACCAGCGAUAUUUGUUUUAUUGUUUUUAAAGGCCACACUUCAUGUUCUGGUACUGCUUGUAAUAAUGCACAUAAUCUUUGAUAUUUAUGCAUUUUGAAGUUAGGAAUGGUAUGUGUUUGGGUAGAUGCAAUGUCUUACCACUAUUAUUGUAACCUUUAAAACUUGUCAUAUCUGUCUUUUUCUCAAAUGGGUGCAUAAACAAAGUUGGAUUUUAAUAAUGUUUUGGGGUCUGCUAACAGAUUUUAUUUAUCUCUGCUAUACUUUUAUAAAUCUAUGAAAAUUGUUAAAUUAUUUUUUGAAUAUUCCAUAUAUUGUCCCUUGUAAAGAUGUGACAUAUAAUGUUUGGUCAAUAAAAGAACUGACAAAAUAAUUGUGUUUUACUAGUUGUACAUGCUGGGGCAAGUUGUUAUGUGCCUUGUUUGUAAUUCCAUAUUUUGGUUAAAAAUAUUAAAAUUAACAUGACCGAUCCAUUUCGUACCUGUACAGUUGAGAAGUAGAAGAAUAAGAUGCUAUGUAGUAAUAAACUUUGCAACUUUUAAAAUACAAA